UCAACGUUUCCUACACGCACUAAUGGCGGCUAACAAGAAGUCGACCGACGCGUCAGAACUUCCAAACGCCUUUCUCCUCAAAUGGGCCACCAGACUGACCGCAGUGCUGUUCAUCAUCGCGACGUGUAGUUGGCUCGACACCAUAAAAGACCGGUGGUACGUCUUCGACCCCACAACCCUCCACCAACUCGCCCAAUCCGCCAUCGCCUCCUCCCCAAACUCCACCUCCGGAAUGAUCCAACACAUCCUCACAAACCUCACCCUAACCCACCCCCCAUCCCAAAUCCACCUAAACCCGGACUCUUCCGAAUGGGUGUUCAACAACGCCGGAGGGGCGAUGGGCGCGAUGUACAUCAUCCACGCCAGCAUCACGGAGUAUCUUAUUAUUUUUGGGACGCCGUUGGGGACGGAGGGGCAUACGGGACUGCAUACGGCUGAUGAUUAUUUUAAUAUACUUGUUGGGGAGCAGUGGGCUUUUGAGCCGGGGAGGUUGGAGAUGGAGAGGUAUCCUGCUGGGUCGGUCCAUUUUUUGCCGAGGGGGACGGCGAAGCAGUAUAAGAUGCAUGAGGGGUGCUUUGCGCUUGAGUAUGCUAGAGGUUGGAUUCCGUUGAUGUUGCCGUUUGGGCUUGCGGAUACGAUCACGUCGACGUUGGAUAUUCCGACGUUUUAUAAUACGGCGAGGAUUACGGGGAGGGAGAUGAUUAAGAAUUUGUUAAUUGGGAAGAUCUAAUAACUUGGGUCGAUUUUUUGUUGUCGCUCCUCGACUAAUUAUCAUCGUUGUGGG